UCCAUUCUUCUUCUUCUGAAACCUAAAUUUUCUUUUCCUCUGAUCCAAACAGAACAACAUGGGGUCUUGCAUUAGCAAAUGCAGACCCAAGAAAGUCCCCCAGAAAAUUACUUCGCUGGAAGAAUGCGGCCACGUCCAAGACAAGCUUGUCAUCUCGCCAGCACCCACAAUUUGUACUACUCCUAGUCCUCUUUCAUACAAAGUUUCUCCUUCCCAAUCUCCUUCUCCCUGCACUUCCUCCUUCUCUUCCUUUUCCGGCAGCACCACUAACACCGCCAGCUCAUGCUCACUGUCUUCCUCGGCCACGUCUUCGAUCUCAAGCGCGAAGGAUAAAGCGUUUUCCAAUGAGUUUCUGUGGUCUUGCGUCAAGGAAAAUCCGCAUAUUCUGCAGAAGAGAGCUCCAUUAGACCUGCCGGCUAGAUCGGUUGUGGUAGCUCAAGCAAAGCAAUUGGUGCCAGAGAGGGUGGCUGCAGGGUCUGCUCUGCAGAAGAGGGCUCGCGCAAGUUCACCUAGUACACUCACGCGACAGAAGAGCUUUCGGAGAGAACCCGAUAGGCCUGAGUCGACAUUUUCUCGUUCAAGUUCGCCUAGUACUCUUUCGAGACACAGGAGCUUUCGGAGAGAACCCAGUAGGCCAGACUCGACAUUCACUCGGCCUUGUUCACCUAGUAGUACUACUCUUACGAGACAAAGGAGCUUUCGGAGGGAACCCGAUAGGCCAGAUUCGAUGCAUUACAUUCCAAGUAGAGCUUUGAGGUCGCCCUCUCCCAGCCGAAGAUUUAAUGGGGAUAAGUGCAGGGGACUUUUGUCGAACACCCCAAAAGAAAAUAGCUAUGGCAAGCGCUGGAUCGAUCUAAAAGCAAGCGCGGUUAAUUCGGUAUCAUCACCAUAUACAAGCAAGAAACAUGUCGCGCAUGCAAGUCCCAAGAGCAGCAUUUCAAGCACAGGCUCUUGUUUGAGGAAGACUUAUGCUCAUCAUAUUGGUUCUGAAAUUGGUGUUGGAGAAGAAAUGUUGUCUAGCCAAGACAUAAUGGACUCUGUUCCGGCGGAGGAUGUCGAUAAUCCUCUAAUAUCCCUGGAUUGUUUCAUCUUUCUGUAGAGGAUUAAUUAAGUGUGCAUGCGUAUCAGUGAGUUGUGGUGUUCAUAAGAUUUUAUCCAUUCCUUGUUAUUUUCUUUCUGGGAGUUAUUUUUUUUCUUUUUGUUUUUUGAUUCAUGAACAGGUUUGAAAGUGAUCACCUAGAUCAAGCUCUCUUCUCUGCAUGUUGCCCAGACGGGAUGUAUUUCAUUUCUAUUAAAAUUUCUUUUGCUAUUUGCAGAUCAUCCUUUAAGUUAUGUAUAUGAUCGCUGUGCAAGUGUAAUCUCUAGUAAUUUUGUGUAGAUAAUUGGAUUUAAUUUGCAUUACU